AUGUCCCACGAUCAUCCAUAUGGAAAGCCUGUUGAGGUCCUCAAAUUUACAGACACAAAGCAAGUUGUCGUUGACAAAGCAGAGCUUGAGAAAAUGUUUGAUCAUCAAGAAGUCAAGAACCGCAAAGUUGUGGUUUUCUCAAUAAUUGGAGCUUUUAGGCGUGGAAAGAGCUUCUUUUUGGAUUAUUGCUUGAGAUUUCUUUAUUCUCAUUAUCCAUCAAUCAACAACCCAAACAACCCUCUCGACAACCAACAAGACUGGAUGGGAAAUGGUGAAGAACCACUUAGCGGUUUUACAUGGCGAUCAGGAACCAAACGUGACACAACUGGUAUAAUCAUGUGGAGUGAUGUCUUCCUGCAUACUUUAGAGUUAACUGGUGAAAAAAUAGCAAUUAUCGUAAUGGACACACAAGGACUGUUUGACAACGAAACAUCUCCUGCUGAAAAUUCAAGGAUUUUUGCACUUGGAACUUUGAUAUCAUCUAUACAGGUUUUGAAUCUUUCAUCCAUCAUCCAAGAAGAUCAGCUGCAAUAUCUUCAGUUUGCCACAGAAUUUGCCCGAUUCGCUGCUGCUGACAGUCAAGGACAAGCAGAAAAGCCAUUUCAGAAUCUUCUAUUUCUUAUCAGAGAUUGGAGCAACCCAGAUGAAUUUGAGUUUGGAACUGAAGGAGGUGAUCACUACUUAAAGGAUGUCCUCAAAGUCAAAUCUGACCAAAAACCAGAGCUUCGAUCAGUUCGUCAGUUCAUCUCUAGUUCCUUUGAGAACAUCAACUGCUGUCUACUGCCAUAUCCUGGAAAAACUGUUGCUAGAGUCAAAACCUACGAUGGUCGAUGGUCGAAGAUGGAUGAAGAGUUUAAGGAAGAGCUGCAGAAAGUCAUCGAGCACUUGCUACUUCCAAACAAUGUAAUCCUUAAGAAAAUCAACUCGAAAGACCUUAAAGGAUCUGAAAUGAAGGAAUACAUUGACUCGUACUUCCAAUUGUUCCAAUCUGACACUUUGCCGCAAGCUCAAAGCAUUUAUGAGUCAACAAUUGACAAGCAGAUGAGCAUCUUAUUAGAAAAAUGCAUUGAUCACUACAAACAUACGAUUUUCCUUAAUAAUGACUUGCUGACUGAAGAGAAUCUUUAUGUGAUUCACGAAAUGAGCAAGAACAAGACGCUUAUCAUGUUCAAAGAAGAGAAGAAGAUGGGCAACAUUGAACAUGAAAGAAGAUUCAGGAUCCUAUUGGACGAGCAGAUGGAGAAACUUUACAUCGAAUGGAGAGACCAGAAAACCAUAACAUUUGAACAAAUCAAAGAACAAAAAGCCAAACAACAAGCUUUAUACGAAGAACAACUAAGACUCGAAGAAGAAGUUAAAGAAGCUAAGCACAAAGCAGAAAUCAACUUAAUUGAGCUUAACAAAGCAAAAGAACUACAAAAGAUUGAGGAAGAACAGUUCCAGACACAAAAAGCACUGCUUGAAGCAAGACUAGAUGCUGAAGCUCAACGAGCCCGGGCAAUAGAAGCUGAGAGAGAUGCACAACAAGCUUUAAGAAUUGCUCUUGAGACCAGAUUGGCUGCAGAAAUUGCAGCAAAUGCAGCGAGACCCAAGAAGAAAAAGUGGUACAAAGUCUUUUAA